CAAACCCAUUAUGUUGGUUUUGUCAUGACACGGCUCAAUUUUGAUUCUUUUAUUUUUAGUUAGUUCAUUAUAUAAAGAUUAUAUGAAGAUGCAGUGGUACAUUCUUAUACUAGUAUUUGGUAUUGGGAUACAGCAUGGUCAAUGUCAAGAUAUAUAUGAUCUCAAGAAUCUCAAAGAACAACUUUUCGUAACAGAUGGAUAUGAUUCGAAACUCAGACCUGUCUACAACCAAACCAGUGCAAUAGAUGUUUGGGUCCACCUGUACUUAGUGUCAAUCCAUGAGUUAAAUGAGGCAACCGAGACGUUGAAGAUAUCAGCGUAUCUGUGGAUCACGUGGUAUGAUGAAUUUUUGGUAUGGAAUUCUACCGCUUACGGCGGUAUCGAACAAUUAUAUAUCCCACAGGGGGAUGUAUGGAAACCGGAUGUGGCACUGCGAAACUCAGUCAAACAGUUCAAAGAACUUGGAGUAACGUCACUGAAUGUGCAUGUCGAUACGGAUGGCUUGGUCCAAUGGUAUCCUUUUGAGGUUUUUGAGACGUCUUGUUCUGUAGACAUCACGUAUUUUCCAUUUGAUACCCAGGAAUGCAUGAUCAUGUUUGUACCUUGGAGUUAUGGUUCCAGCGAUCUACAUAGUCAUUCACUAAUUCACUUGAUAAGUAAAAAGCUUGCAAUUGUAUAUCUUUUAUAUAUCCUUCAGGUUGCAAUAAAGAGUGAUGCGGAUGGCAUUGUUUUGCGUGAUUACGAGGCAAACUCAGCCUGGGACGUCGUAAACACAGGUUACUAUUUUACUUCCGCUUCUGGAGAUUCCACCGUCGUAUUCACCAUCAAACUGAGAAGAAAACCACAAAACGUCCUUCUCUCAGUGAUAUUACCAAUAAUGAUGUUGGCAAUUCUUAACUUAUUUGUAUUUGUGUUACCUUGCGAGUGUGGCGAAAAGGCCAGCUAUGCAAUAACGGUCUUCUUGGCGUUUGCUGUAUUUCUGACAAUAGUUUCUGCAUCUUUUCCCGAAAAUUCUGAAACGGUUGCUAUAUUCUCCGUUUAUCUUAUCAUCCAGACGCUACAGAGCACGAUAAUAACUUUGAUUGCCUUGGCUCUUACCCGAUUUCUUUCGUUUGAUAGCCUAGGAACACCUGUUCCAAAUAUGUUACAAAAGCUGCUAAAGCUCCUAACCUUGCCAAGCUGUUGUAAGAAACCCUGCAAAGAGACUCAGGUUGAAGACAUCAAGGUUGUUGAGGUUAAAGAGGGGCCAACAGGGAAUGACGGUGAAGGGCAAGAUGACGAUGAUAAACCUCAGUACAAUACAUGGAAACAAGCCGUUGAUAAGCUGGAUUUUGUAUUCUUUUUAUUCUUUACUUUUGUCCUUGUUAUGUCAACUUUAAUUCUCUUUGUCAUAGCUGCCACACACAAAAAUUAAAGACUCUAACACAGAUCGAUCAACAUCGAUCGAACACUUGUUAUAUGUCUGUACCACUUUGUAUAUGUGAUUAUUUUAUAUAUUCAGACUACGACAUAGACAACAAGACCAAAGUU